GAAUAUGCGUUCCUUAUGUUUUCAAAAUCAUACCGCAAGCGAUGCAUUUUAACGUUCAUAAUGAGUGUGGGUGUCUUAACAAACUUCCCACGCCAGACGAUCUUUAAAGUCCAGACGGAUUACCAGGACGUGUACUCAAAACAUGUGCUGAGCAGCUGGCAAGCGUCUUCACUGACAUUUUCAACCUAACCCUGACCUGGUCUGUAAUACAAACUUGUUUCAAGCAGACCACCAUAGUCCCCUUGACCAAGAAUUCCAACGUAACCUGCCUAAAUUACUAUCACUCUGUAACACUUGCAUGUAUAUAAAUGCUUUGAAAGGCUGGCCAUUGCUCAAACAGAUGACGCAAUCUCUAUUGCACUCCACACUGCCCUCAGCCAUUUGGAUAAAUGGAAUACCUAUGUAAGAAUGCUGUUCAUUGACUAGAGCUCAGCAUUCAACAUCAUAGUCUCCUCCAAGCUCAUCACCAAGCUCAGGACCCUGGGACUGAUCACCUCCCUCAUCAACUGGAUCUUGGACUUCCUGACGGGCUGUCCCCCUCCAGGCGCUGAGGGUAGGCAACAACACAUCUGCCACACUGACCAUCAACCCGGGGCCCCUCAGGGUUGUGUGCUUAGUCAGAGACCUGGCAAUGUGGUGCCAGCGCAACAACCUCUCCCUCAACGUCAGCAAGAGAAAGGAGCUGAUCGUGGACUACAGGAACAGAGGGAGAAGCAGUCUGCACCCGCCAUAGAGGGUGUCUUUGGUAAGGACUGGUGCAUGGACCUAUGGAGAAAUGGAGACUCUAUCCCUCAGGAUAAAGAGACAAUUGGAUCGGUCAUUUUGGGCGAUGGUGACGUCACUCAGGCAAUAGACUUGGUGAACAAUGAGCCCGAGUUGGUGUUUAUCAAAGAGGAGCUGUUUGAGGAUCAGCCAGUGGACCAGCAGAGGGGACAUGCAAGCAACAGAAAAAGGAGUGUAGCAGUGGAGGAUGCUCCAGCAGUAGAGAGAACAGCUGCCAGUCAACUUCACCUAUACCAGGGGGACUUGAACACAUACCCUUCAAUGCCUGACCCUGCAGGCAGCCAUCAGGUACAGCCUGACACAGAGCAGCCCACAUCCGUUGAGAGCCUCAUGGAAGACCCCACUCUGGCUGGUCUGGUUGACAACACACCAGAGCCUGGCCCUGACACAGCCGACGGAAUGUACAUGGACUAUCCUCCCCGCAACACAUACGCACCAAGAAACCGGCCAAGCCUCCAGCAGGGAACUGGAAAAGACCCGAAGCAGCAGUUUGACUGUUUGUUUUGUGGGAAGAGCUUUGGUUAUUUAAGCUACUUGAAAGUCCACAUCAGACGCCACUCUGGAGAGAAACCGUUUGGCUGCACAGUUUGCGGGAAGCGCUUCGCUCAGAAGACGUACCUGAAGCUCCAUCAGCGUACACACUCCGGAGAGAAACCCUACAGUUGCACAGAAUGUGGGAAGAGUUUCUCUCAGAAGAGUUCGUUGAACGUCCACCUCCGGAGUCACACAGGGGAGAAGCCUUAUAGCUGUGUCGACUGUGGGAAGAGCUACACCUAUAAACACGGUUUUAACACACACCAAUGUUUCAAUUAAGGGAUUAGGGAGUAGUCAUUUUAUAUUGUCAAUUUGUUUUAUUUACAUUUCAACCUUGUUUUGAAAACUGGCAACCGAAACAUCUUUAACCUUAUUGUAAUCAUGGUGGUUUUCAGUAGGUCACGUUUGUUUUUAAACUGUUGCGCUACUGUGUGCCCUUAUGAACAUUACCCAGCUGUUACUCUUCACUACAUGGCAGAGAACUGUUCCAUUCAAGUUUUCCCUCUGCGCCGUCCGUAGGAUUGCACACACUGUGCCUUCUUGUCACACAAUUGGCAAGAGACUAUGCCCCACUGUUAGAUGAAGAGAUUUGAGUGACAUUUUUUGAACAGUGGUUGUUUGUGCUACUGUGAAGAAUGCCAGUGUGGUAGACCGAUCAUGUAAACGUGUGCCAAAUAAUUUGUCAUGAAUUAUGAAAUUAAAGUAAUGCGUACAGUAA